AUGGCGGCACAGAUCUUCGAUUCCAUGCCGUCCAAGACCGUCCUCUCCUGGAACUCCAUGAUCACGGCCUAUUCCCAGAACAACGAUAUUCGCACCGCGAAGAGAUUCUUCGACGAAAUGCCCGAUCGAAGCCUAGUUUCCUGGACCGCAAUGCUCAGUGGCUUCCUCGACCAUGGCCGGAUCACCGACGGCAAAGAGCUAUUCGAUCGAAUGCCCUGCCGAGACGUAUUCACCUGGAAUGUCCUCUUAAAUUCAUAUGCCCGGUUAGGGCAUCUUGAUCUUGCAAAGCAUCUUUUUCUUUCAAUGCCAGAGAAAGAUGUGAUUGCUUGGAACUGUUUGAUAGCCCUUUUGGCACGAACACAUCGUCUUAAAGAGGCCAGUGAGUUAUUCCAAAAGAUGCCCCAUAGGUCAGCUCAAUCCUGGAAUAUUCUCCUUGCAGCAUAUGCCCAGGCAGGGCAUAUGCUUGAGGCCCGGCAUUUGUUUGACGAGAUCCCACAAAGGGAUCUCAUUGCAUGGACGGCGCUGCUAGCAGCAUAUUCCCAGAACGGGCAUCUUAAAGCGUCAAUGGAGAUUUUCCACGCGAUGCCAAUGAGGAAUCUCGUGUCCUGGAACGCCUUUCUCUCGGCUUUCUCACAAGUCGGAGAUGUUGAGAGCUCCAAACGAGUGUUCUUUGCAAUGCCCGAGUGGAAUGUGGUGUCGUGGACGUCGAUGUGCCAGGUUUACAUCCACUCGGAGAAUCUCGAUCGAGCGAGGAAGUUCUUCUUUGAGACGAUGCCGGUGAAGAACAGAGUCUCGUGGAACCUGAUGCUCACUGCGUAUGCCGAGAGGGCGGAUGUCGUCCAAGCGAAGAUGGUGUUCGAUUCCAUGCCAGAGCACGACCUCGUCUCCCUCUCCGCGAUGCUGGCUGCUCUGAUUCAGGCUGGAAACCUGGACCACGCAAAAAUAUUCUUCAAAACGCUGCCAGCAAGAGGAAUCGUCGCGUGCAACUCCAUGCUUGCUGCAUAUAUCCAAAGCGGUCAUCUGGAAGAAGCGAAGGAGCUCUUCUUCCGUGGAAUGCUCGAGAGGAGCUUGGUUUCCUGGACGACACUUCUCUCCGGCUUUGCAGACAAAGCGAAUGGAAGUCUUGAUCGAGCGAAGGUUUUGUUUGAUGAGAUGCCCGACCGGGACUUAGUCGCGUUGACUACCAUGCUCGCGGCUUACGCAUCUCGCAGCCACCUUGAAGAAGCCAAAUCCAUCUUUGAUGCUUUGCCAAAGCAUGAUCUCGUCGCAUGGAACGCCAUGCUCGCGGCUUACUCCCGAAACGAUUGCCUCGACGAAGCGGCCAACUUCUUCCAUGAAAUGCCCGAACGCGAUCUUGUCUCUUGGAAUUCUAUCUUGGAGGCUUACGCGGCGGCUGGUCACGACCGUCUUGCAAUGAAAACGUUUGAGACAAUGCCGGGGAAAGAUCUCUUUUCUUGGAGCACCAUUCUAGCAAUGCACGUCCGGAGCUUGGAACUUGAACUCGUGGCCGAGCUCUACACUUCCCUGAAGAUCGAAGGAAUCACUCCGGACGAGAUCGCUUUUGUGUGUCUCAUCUUUAGUUGCAGCCACGCUGGAGAUUUGGACAGAGGUGUGCACCACUUUAAGUCGAUUGCCUUGGAUCAUGGCGUGGAGCCGAGCAAGCGAGAGUAUGGCUGCUUGCUUGAUCUUCUUGCCCGAGCUGGGCAUUUGCGGGAUGCUUUCGAUCUCGUCGCCAACAUGCCGUUUGAGCCGGAUGUGGAGGAUUGGAAGAGUUUCCUUGCAUCUUGCAAGAGUCUCGAUGAUCUCAAAACAGCGUCCACUGCAUCCAAAUCAUCGCUGGAGCUGGACUCACGCAGCUCUGUGCCUUAUGUGUUGUUGACAAACCUUUGCACUCCAACUUCCGAGCAAAACGUUGGUUUCAGAAUGUAA